AUGCCUGAUGAGAAGGUCACAAUCUUACUUCGUGCUGUUGGCGACGCUCCCAUACUGAAGCAGAAGAAAUUUAAUGUUGAUGUUCAUAGAACAGUGGCCUGGUUUUCACAAGUAAUUAGAAAGCUGAUAAACUUGCCCGACGAUCAGUCUCUGCAUAUUUAUAUCUCUCAAACUUUUGCCCCAUCUCCAGACCAUACAUUUGGUUCCCUUCGUGAUUGUUACGCUGUUAGGAACGAUGGAAAGGAAGAUCAUUUGAUUAUGCAUUACAGCACUACAUAUGCUUGGGGCUAA